ACGGACAAGACAGCACAGAGAGGGAGAGGCAGUGUUUCACCAACUCGAAUUUAACCAGGAAAAGCAGUUUUGCAUAUUUAGCCUACAGCACUUGCCUGGAUUUUCUGCCUGUUAUCAGAGAAGUCACUAUGGCACUACUGCUGAAUUACUGGAUGUGUCUACUUGCUCUGUCACUGACAGUGACUAUGAGCCACGCUUUGAGAAGGAUUACACUGAAGAAGAUGCCAUCCAUCAGAGAUACACUGCAGGAGAUGGGUGUUUCUGCAGAGCAGGUGUUGUCUGAGCUGGUCCAGAGGAGCCCAGACGACCCCAACAACGGGACGGUUCCCACACCUCUAACCAACUACUUGGAUACUCAGUAUUUCGGGGAAAUCAGUAUCGGAUCUCCGGCCCAGAUGUUCAACGUGGUGUUUGACACAGGAUCAGCCAACCUUUGGGUGCCCUCGCAAAGCUGCUCACCUUUCUCCACUGCCUGUUUUACUCACAAUAGGUAUGAUGCUUCUAAAUCCCGGACUUACGUGGAGAAUGGAACCGGAUUUUCAAUUCAAUAUGCCUCUGGAAAUGUCAGGGGAUUCCUGAGCGAGGAUGUGGUGGUGGUUGGUGGUAUUCCUGUGGUUCAAGUGUUUGCUGAGGCCACAUCUCUCUCUGCGAUGCCCUUCAUCUUUGCCAAGUUUGAUGGAGUCCUGGGGAUGGGUUACCCAAACGUGGCCAUCGACGGCAUCACUCCAGUGUUUGACCGCAUCAUGUCUCAGCAUGUCCUGAAGGAAGAGGUGUUCUCUGUCUACUACAGCAGGGACCCAAAACACUCCCCAGGUGGAGAGCUGGUUCUCGGUGGGACAGACCCAAACUACUACACUGGAAACUUCAAUUAUAUGGACACAAGAGAGAUGGGCAAGUGGGAAGUUACCAUGAAAGGGGUCUCUGUGGGGACGGAGAAGAUGUUUUGUGCAGAUGGCUGCACGACUGUCAUCGACACAGGCUCCUCCUACAUCACUGGCCCGGCAUCAUCUGUGUCUCUGCUGAUGAAAACCAUCGGGGCACAGCUGGAUGAAAGUGGAUACAAAGUCAACUGUGACGCUGUGAAGACGUUGCCCAGUGUCACGUUCCACCUGGGAGGCCAGGAGUACGCCCUCACACAGGAGGAUUACAUCUUAUGGCAAUCACAGAUUGAAGGGGAUGUCUGCACCGUCACCUUCAGGGGCUUGGAUGUGCCGCCCCCUGCAGGUCCCAUCUGGAUUUUGGGCGCCAACUUCAUCGCCCGCUACUACACAGAAUUUGACCGUCACAAUAACCGGAUAGGAUUUGCUACAGCGGUCUGACAGAAAGUUAAACAUCAGCCAUGUUUGCUCUGUUCCUCCUUCACCGUUUUUGCUGCUAUCUCCCAAUGUUUUGCCGCUUCUUUUUCCAAAUCUCCCUUCGGCUGCUUUUUGCGAUAACUCCUGAUCAAAAAAAUAUUUUUACGGAAAUGGUGACAAAGAAUGCCUGCUAUGAAAUGUUGUCCACACAUUUCUUGCAUUUCUGCUUUUUCCUAUGAUAUCUCAUGCUAGUUGCACUGAAUACAUUCUGGUUUUAUUUAUAAGCGUCGGCCAGGAUAAUAUAAUGUUUCUGCGCUUGUGGCUCCACUUAUUAUCAUGCAGCAACAGUGGGAUCCAAUUUUGCCUUGUUCUGACUAACAAGAAUAAAAUUGUUUACUGAAGCUGGGAUUAGUUUGAGCCUGAUUGCAAGAAUGACAGUAUGUUAACUGGAUUUUGUAAACAUGUGAAGGUCAAAGUUGGAAACUAAUUUUUGUAGCGCCUUUAAUCAGUCGCACCAGAUAGAUCUUGGAAAUAUUGGUUUUGUUUAUUUUGUUAUUCUUGAGUAACUAUAUUUAAAAAAAACAGUUUUUAGAUAACAAGGUAAAACAACACAGUUAUUUAAUGUGUGGCUGACUGGUGUGGAAUGCAUGUUUUCUUGGUAGCUGCAGAGAAUGUAGGCUUCAAUGAUGUGACGUAAGAACUUGCAAAACUUUCAAUGUGGGUUUCCUAAAAAGCUACCAAGCAGAUCAGAUCAGCCUCCGUCACUAGUCAGUCAGUCACACAGAACAGAUUCUGUUUCUCAGCACUGUGGUUGAAAUAGAAGAUACUCAGACCACAGAAUGACUGUAUAAUGCAGGAUAGUUCGACCACUUUCUAGCUAUAACAUCAUUCAGAGAAAAAGCACUGUUCCGUUGUCUUUGUCUUGUUUUUAUAAGAACAAGGCUUUGUUUAAUUUCAGUUUAUCAAGCUUUAUUACAUUCCUGGUUUCACUGAGACAAUCUGUGUGUGUUGCAUACAUUUAUUUUGACUAAACUUUAAAGUUUCAGAGGUUACAGUUAUGUGUAGAAAUUGCAUGAGCAAAGAGGAGGAGGCUUACAGACUUCCAAAAGUACAACAGCCGUCACUACUGAUCUUGCUAAACUAGACUUAUUUGCCAAAUCCAUUUGUAUUAUUUUUGUAAUACAAAACUGUACGGCCAUGCGAAUUCAGAUUUAUUGUCCCUUGGUACUUUUUCAAUCACUUGUCAGACCUGUUGGGAUCCACGGCAAGUUCAGUCAUUUCACUUUAUAUUAAGGUUUUCUUAGUCGGUUGAGCAAUACAGACUUAUCUGUUUUUUAAAAUUAAAAAUACGGGGAAGCAAGUUGUGCAGGGAAGUGGGGCCACUCAGGCUAAUGAAUGGCAGCCAAAGUGCAUACGGCAACAACAAUGACCUCAGCACCUCAGAUUAUCCUCUUAAAUUCCAAGUAAGAAAAUACAGCUGCAGAUGCGAUCACUGGUGAACCACUGGAGCCACAAGUCGCUCCGGAGGAAUUCUGCUCAGCUUCUGCGAUACAUCCAUCCAUUAGCUAUGAAUACGUUAUCCUUUAGAGUGUUACAAGGGGCUCCUUGCAGGGUUCCCACAGAAAGACAGAAAACCAUGCACACUCUCACUUACACCUAUGGCCAAUUUAGCAUCACCAGUUAGCUUAUCAUGCAUUUCUUUGGACUCUGAGAGGAAGCAAGCACUCCGAGUAAACCCCACAAAGACUAACAGGUUGCAAACCAGAACUUCCAUGCUGCAAAAAUUAAAAUCCGGAAAGCACAUUCCUAAAAAGGAGGAGAGUUGUUUGCAUCAAGCACAGCACAAAGACCAAUCACUUCACAGCUUGUUUUGACCAGUUACAGUAUCGGUACAAUCGAUCACUGGAAUUACUUAGGAGAGCUUGAUGCUGUGGUCUCCGAAUUAGAUGCAUGCUUGAAAACAUUUGGUUGAGUUUUAGGGAUGAGGUGGGUGGUUGAGUUUUUGAGAACAGUGAACACUGGAUAAUGUAUGCUGCUCUCUAUAAACAACUCACAGGUGAAAGAAAAGAUGUGAACUCAAGUUCAAGUGACAGAUGUACGCAUGAGGGGCUAAAAGCAAAGUGGAGUUGAAUGGCUUUUGUUGAAAACUUGAAGCUGGUGACAGAUGCACAUAAGGAACCUCUGCAGUGUAUUGUAGAGACAUAGACUGUCUUUUGCAGUUAAUCUGAUUAAAACAAAAACAACAAACA